AUGCCAUGCUCCGAGCUGGACGAGCUAGAAGCCUACAUGCAGCGUGUUCAGUCGAGUUCCAGUCGUCGUUCUGAUAGGAUACGCCUAAAAACUCAGUUGAUGGAAUUGCGUCGUGAUGAGGCUCGCCUCUUGAAACAACUUGGUCUUCCAUUAGCAAGUAGAGCGCGUCGACGCCAAUCUGCCUCUUCUGUCCCCUCGUCGUUUAGUGCAGCUGAUGCUCUUCGAGCUGCUCGCGGCUCUUUGCGGACCGAAGAAAAUUCAAGCGAACUAAUGUCCUGUGAGCAGAAUGAACUGGAUAAAUUCGACCUCCACCAGACAGCAUCAUCUCUCGAUCCUUCUAACCCAUUAGAACAUGAGGAUGACUCAAACACUAGAGGUGUUGGUGGCACCUAA